AUGGAAGGUUCUUUUUCUAUAAUCUGUUGUGAAAAUAUCAAUCCUGAAGGCUUUGAAGUCAAUCAGCCACUUCAGAAAGCUCCACCAUCUGAACAAUUUGUUAAUCCACUUAGAAGCACAAUGCAGAAGAAAUUGUCUACUUUAGGAAAUCUUUAUUAUCAAAUGUUUAUUUUAAGCCCAACUAGCGACUAA